AGAAGAAGAAGCUCAUCAGGCGCGCGUUUCAUCGAUAAUGAUGUAGCUUCGCUCUUUGACGGAGAUACAGAUUCAGACAGAGAAGAACAUAAAGAUGAUUCAGAUUCGUCAUCUACCCUGAACCUAUCUCUCAGGCAUUCCAUAAGCUCCAUGGAGAAAGGAAGAACACAGAGCGGGGCAGCCAGCCCGUUGGAUUUGGGGCAUUUCAAUGAGAAAGUGGAGUUUCCUUCUAUAGAUACACAGCAGGACUCGAUCUCACUAGAUAUCCAGAACAAUGAAGAUCCUCCAUGGGUCGGUAUCACAUAUGAAUCUCUUGUGACACCCAAGUAUAUAAGGACGUCUAAACGCAACAAAAGCAGCCCUAAAGUAUUGAACAACUUGUUUUUGGCGCAGGAGUUAAACACUAACGAAGAGAAUUUGUUGAAAGCUUCUGGUAAGGUGCUUGACACUGAUUCUAACUCCAACAUUACUCUUUCGGACGAAGAAGAAACAGCCGAGACAGAGAUGUCGGGAUUUGAAACAAAUGAUGAAAAUGUCAAAUCAAACCAAUCAGAGAUUUUUGUUAUGGAAUUCAGUCGUGACGGAAUGUAUCUUGCUGCUGCGGGUCGGGACCUGGUGAUAAAAGUGUGGAAAGUCAUUUCAUCUCCUCUUGGACGUCUUGAGUACAAGAACGCCGAACUGGAAAGGGUACAAACUAAGAAGAAAAAGACUAAUAGGGACGAUGUAAUUUAUGAAUCUGCUCCUGUUUUCCAUAGAAAGCCUAUCAGAGUGUUCAAAGGUCAUUCCAAAAGCGUCUUGUCGUUGGAUUGGAGUAAGAACAACUUCUUGAUAUCUGGAAGUAUGGACAGAACUGUCAAACUAUGGCAUGUAGAUCGUGAUGAAUGUUUGCAGACUUUUCAGCAUGAAGACUUCGUGACUUCCGUCAGGUUCCACCCCAAUGAUGACAGAUUCUUUCUCAGUGGUUCUCUAGAUAAUCAAGCCCGUUUGUGGUCUAUUCUUGAGAACAAUGUAGCCUUCAACAAGAACUUGGGCGACGACGUUUUGAUAACCGCACUUGCAUUUACACCAGACGGAGAUCAUUGUGUAGUAGGAGGGUUCAAUGGAUCUGUGUUUAUGAUGGAAACAAAAGGCUUGUUUGUGAUCAAUAGGUUUGAAAUCAAGGAGAGAACACUAGCACAUCCUUUUCAGAGAAACGGGAACAAGAUCACAGGAGUGAAGAUCUUCGCCAAUCGUUUCAAGAAGGACACUGGCGCCAAGACUCCUUUAGAUAAAUGGACAUAUUUGAUAACGACUAACGAUUCUAAGAUCAGAUUAGUCAGUUCUGGCAGAAAGCUUGUCACAAGGUUCAAAGGUUUGACCAACAAUAGUUCAUCUAUUGUAGCUUCCACGUCUGACGAUAGCCGAUACAUUAUUUCAGGUUCCGAAGACCACUGGUGUUAUGUAUGGGAGAACAACAACAUUGUGAUCAACAAGAAGUUAAAACUGGUGAUUAAAGAUAUAGUUGUGGAAGGAAAGCUGCAGUUGAGCGAAUUGCUGCACAAGAAUAAGCGAUACGCCAAGUUCAUGCAAGACAACAAAUUUAUCAAAAAAGUCUUGGAAGACGACGACUACGACUUCAUUUCCAAUGAGAACAGCAGUUACACCUCUUUCCACGCCCAUCACUCAAAAGUAAAUGUGGCCCUAUUUGCGCCUGAAAACACCAAGAAGCUCUUGAACUUAUCUGACGACAUCAUCUACGACUUAGUGAAACGAGGUGAAAAGUGUAAAUUCAACCACAGCUCGGAUACCAAGUGUUUGACCUUUGAUUCUAACAACGAUUCCAGGGAGCUGGAUGAAGGCAACAUCAUAGUAACUACUGAUCAGUAUGGUCUUAUUAGAGUAUUCAGACAAGAUUCUGCUUAUAGAAUCAGAAAAAAGUUUAUCAGCCUCUACAAGGAAGGUAAGGUGAAG